AUAACUAGGUUAUCUUUCUUGAAAAUCGGAACUCUUUUAUGCAAGAAUUUUUUCUAUUUGUACUUCCGGUAGGUAAAAAAAAAGAGAUCGUGUUUGUAAACAAGUAAUAAAUUCUGUCAUUUGUGAUCCUGGUGAUGGGGAAAUUAUACUGCUGUGCCACGAACUGUCACAAUUAUAGUGGCAAAAAUAUUAAGGAUAGAAAAGUGACAUUACAUCGAUUCCCAGUUAAUAAAAAACAUAAAAUGAUAUGGAAAAACCGUGUCAGCCGCAAGAAUUGGAAGCCAACAAGUUGCUCUAGACUAUGUUCCGAGCAUUUCAUCUCGCUGUCUGGUCCGACGAAGGAGCAUCCAUUACCAUCUAUUUUUCAUCACAAAACAUUUAAGACUACAAACUUUGACCAAACAACGGAGGUUUUAAAAGAAAUAAAUGACAAUCAACAAGAAAAUACAGUGAGAUCAGAUUCAGAGACCUCAGAGUCCGAUUCUGCUGAAAACCCUAGUUUUACAGUUGAUGCAAACAAAUCUGUAUUGGACACAUCUGUAUUAAUGCACGAUUACUGUGGAUUGAUAGAAACAUCAACCUUAUCUCAUCAGAAAAAUCAACUGACACAAACUGAUGUUCAACAGAAUGACAGCGUUUGUAUUCAGACUAUUGAAAGUUACCUUGAUACAUGUGGGAGUAAUAUGGUCUCUUCAAAAAAAUUAUGUGACAAAAGUACUGGUACAACCUUACCGUUUUUAACAGUUGAAGACUUGAAACAGGAUAUUUCAUUUUAUACUGGUUUGCCAAACAAGGAGACUUUUUAUCUAUUAUUCCAACAUCUGUCAGACUUUCAUAAGUGUACAGUUCCUGAUACUGGAGGAAGACCCAAAAAAAUGAGAGAUAUUGAUGAGUUUUUAAUGGUAUUAAUGCGUUUAAGGUUAGGACUCUUAAUUCAAGAUUUGGCUAAAAGAUUUAAUAUAUCUGUGUCAACCUGCAGUAAAAUUUUUAAUGAAUGGUUAGAUUUGAUGUAUGAGCAUCUAGACUUUUUAGUAGCUUGGCCAGAACGGAAUGUUAUCAAAGAAAACAUGCCUGACAGUUUUAAACGAAGGUACCCAAAUUGUCGUGUUAUUAUUGACUGCACUGAGAUCUAUACAGAAACACCUCAGUCACUCUCCAACAAAGGAAGGAUGUAUUCAGACUACAAGUCACACAUGACAUGGAAAGUGCUCAUUGGAAUUAGCCCUAGUGGAGUGAUUACACAUGUCUCCGAUUUAUGGACUGGAAGUACAUCUGACAAACAAAUCACAAAGUUGUCAAAAUUAAUUGAAAAAUGUGAACCUGGGGAUGCAAUAAUGGGUGACAAAGGGUUCCUCAUUGCUGACCUAUGCACUCCAAAUGGAAUUCAUCUCAUUAUCCCCCCUUUAAAGAAACAUGGUAGGCUAACUAAAUCUGAAGUGGAAAAAACCAGAAGGAUUGCAAAUUUAAGAAUCCAUGUGGAACGAGCAAUGGAGCGAAUAAAAAACUUCAAAAUUAUUCAAGGUGUGGUUCCAAUAUCACUUCAUGACAAAGUGUCCAAAAUAGUGUUUGUUGUGUGUGCUCUCUGUAAUCUCAUGCCCCCACUUAUUCAGUCAUAGUAUAAUCUACUAUGUAAAUCAUAAAAAUAAUGUAUCUCUCAGAAUAACUAUAAGUAUUAAGUACUUCAUUGUGCAACAUACUGCAUAUGUAGGGGAAAACUUGUUAUUAAGUAGUUAUAUCAUUUAAUAAAUAGCAAAAAUCUA